UUAUUUUGUGCCAAUACCUCAUUGCAUAUGCUUCUUAUUAUUAUUCGGGGGGGGUGUGAUAAAAGUUUCAAACAUUCUCAAAACAAACGAUAAGGUUUUUUUUAUCACUUCACAAUUUUUCAACACUCGGCGUUUUUUUCUAUUUCUAGAAACUUGUAAAUUUUUUCAUGUCAGCAGUUAACUAGUUGUAUGUAUUUAUCUGCAGCAACAAAUAUACUGUAACAUUUCAGAAUUAGCAGACGCCGUCUCUUUCAACAUCACAUCCUCGUUUGAACAAAGAAGAUCUGUCAAAGUUAAACUGGUUUAAUAAAAUCAAAACAAAGAUGGUAUUUAUAACAGACGGUACCCUAAUGACAUGGGAAGAAAUUUUACCCCACAUUUCAAAUGUCAAGAAACAAGGAACGAUGCAGUUUCUUUACCAGUAUAAGAAAUAUAAAGACGAAAAAAAUUAUCCAUUUUACUGGGGCGAUGAGACUGAAUAUUCUUUAAUACGGUUUGACCACGAAGAACGAGUUGUCCAGUUACCUUUGACUUCCACGUCUUUCUUUGAAUCCCCUCAAGUACAAGCAUUAGAAUCAAGUCUAUGGACCCCAGAAUAUGCCGAAUUUAUGAUGGAAGGCAAACCCAGAAAUCCAUUUGGUACUGCCAUCACCGAUUUGAAUCGUACAGAAGAACAUUUUAUAGAAAGACGCAAAGCGAUCAAGCAAUUCUUGGGCCCAAAUGAAAGUUUAGUGUCUUUGACAGCUUUUCCCAGGUUGGGCUGUCCUAAUUUCAGUUUCCCUUCCUAUGAGGUAAACAAGCAUCCAACAGAACUUUACAAAUCUGUUUUCGUACCAGAUGAAGCACUGUCUUCCCGGCUUCCUUUAUUUCUAAACAUAAGGGAAAAUUUCACGACCAGAAAGGAAGAAAGAAUUUCUAUCAAUGUGCCAAUUUAUAAAGAUAAAAAUACCAUGAUGCCAUACGGGGAAGACUUGUCUGAAUAUGGAGACAAUGAAGAGAUGAAGAAAUAUUUAACACCAGGCUUUAUCUACAUGGACGCACCAGUAUUUGGGGCUGGUUGUUGUUCCAUCCAAGUUACAUUUCAAGCUGCUGAUAUAAAAGAAGCUGCUUAUCUUUAUGACAAUCUGGUACCUCUUACUCCAAUUAUGCUUCCAUUCACUGCUGCGGCUCCCAUUCAUCGUGGCUUUUUGACUGAUGUUGACACUCGCUGGCUUUCCCUUUCUCAGAGUUGUGAUGAUCGUACCAGACAAGAACGUGGAUUAGAACCUUUGACAAAUGGAAGUGUUUUUAUUCCAACAACGCGUUUUGAUACAGUAUGCAGUUACCUUUCUGUGAGCGACCAAUUUUAUAACGACUAUGAUUACAGUUAUGAUCCUGAGCAGUAUGAAGUAUUGAAGGCUGAAGGUGUUGAUGAAAUGAUGGCCAAAUAUGUUGCCCAACUUCUUGUUAGAGAUCCAAUCACUUUGUACAAAGAAAAGGUUCAUCAAGACGUGGAAGACACUGAUCACAUUCAGACCAUUAUUGGAAGUAAUUGGCACACCCUGAAACUGAAACUUCCUGAUGAGAAAUCUGGAUGGAAAAUAGAAUUCAGGACAAUGGAGCUUCAAUUGACUGACUUUGAAAACGCUGCCCUUGUUGUAUUUAUGGUUCUUCUUACCCGAGCCAUUGUUACCUUCAAACUGAACUUUUUGGUCCCAAUAACAAAGGUUACUGAAAACUUCCCACCAGCACAAAAACGAGAUGCCAUUACUAAAGAAAAGUUUUACUUCAGGAAAAAUGUUCAACAAGAAGUCGCUGAUUGUGAACUAACUGGUGAUAUUUAUACCUUGAUGACUCUAAACGAAAUCAUGAAUGGAAAGGAUGAUUUCCCUGGUUUAAUUCCUCUCAUACACAAAUAUCUUGAUCAUGUUGACUACGAUUCCAGUAAAAGACCUAAAAUAAUGCAAUACCUGAAAUUUCUCUCAGACAAAGCUGCAGGAAAGAUAAUGACAAUGGCCCAAUGGACAAGACAGUUUGUAAGAAAUCAUGAAGAUUACAAGAAUGAUUCUGUUGUCAGUGAGAGAAUCGCUUAUGAUUUUAUGAUGGAAUGUGAAAAGAUUGUCAACAGUGAAGAACGAUUUCCACAAGCUUUUAUCAGGAGUUAAGGAAACAUUUUAAGAACUUUAUCGCAUAUUUAAUUAACUGAGCUACAGAGAACGUUGUCUACAUAACCAAACUAAUUUACAUCACACUAACUAAACAGGAUAUAUAUAUAUAAAUGGAAUUAAACAC